AUGAACGCCAACGCAACGCUCUACUUUGUGGGUUGGCGCACUCUCGCGUGGGACGGUGCCGAGUUUCAUGAGAGCGACCAAUCAACCGUCCUGGUACGGACGGGCGAUGGCGGGUUCCGACGCAACCGGGAGCAGCUGCCUGGGUCGCACCUGCACGGGCCGGAUGCGGACCAGGAGUCCAUCUACAGCGAGGUGGCUGUCCCCGUCCUUGAGUCCGUACUGCAGGGCUACAACGGCACGAUCCUCGCAUACGGCCAAACCGGGUCAGGGAAGACGUACACGCUACUCAAUGGCGGGGCCGUGGUUGCCUCCGCUGGCCUUGUGCCGCGGUUGGCGGCCGAGCUCUUCGUGGCCAUCCAGUGCGACGUCCGCCACGUCUACAGCGUGUCAGCGAGCUUCUGCCAGAUCUAUAACGAGCAGGCGCGUCACGCAAAGGUUGAUGACUUGUUGCGUCUGAAGAACAACAACCUCCGAAUCAAGCCGAAGGGGGUCGGGACUGAGGUCGAAGGGCUGACGCGAACACGGUGCAACUCGGCCGAAGAGCUGCUGCAGCUCCUUGAGACCGGCCGUCGCAACAUCAUCUAUGCCGAAACCAAAAUGAACAAAUCUUCAUCGAGAUCGCACGCCGUGCUGCAAAUGUACGUGACGCGCCGCGCUAGGAUACUCGAGGGCCUCGGAUCAAACUCCGGCCUCAGCGCGAGCCUCCGCUUGGGCGGCGACGUUCAGGCGACGCAGCUUACAGGAAAGCUCUCUCUCGUUGAUCUUGCCGGUUCCGAACGCGUAAAGCGAUCGGGCGCCGACGAGGAGAAGACUGGCAAGCGAAUGAAGGAGGCGAUCAACAUCAACACGUCCCUCCUCGGCCUGUCCAACGUGAUGAAGGCCCUCGGCCAGGCCGCGAGCCACGUGCCGUACCGUGACUCCAAGCUGACGCAUCUGCUCUCUGACUCGCUCGGCGGCAACUGCCGCACGUCGCUCAUUGUCUGCGCGAGCCAGGCAUCGCUCGAUGCAUCGGAGACUACAGGUGCCCUCGACUUCGGCGCACGCGCCAUGCAAGUCAAGGUGAGUGCC